AUGAUUGGCAAAAGACUAUCACAAUGUAUGCAUCCUGCUUUACCAAGCGGUGUUCAUCUCAAAGCAUUAGAGACGUACAACCUGAUAUUCGAGCGUAUCGGCAAGAAACGCUUGUCACAAGAUCUGUUUAUCUAUAGCGUUGGACUGUUCCCGUUAAUGAGUCACUCGGCGAUGUCAGUGAAGCCUGCAUUAAUGAAAUUGUACGAGGAACAUUUCUUACCUUUGGGCAUGGCACUUGUGCCUAGUCUGCCUGGGUUGUUACUCGGACUUUUACCUGGAAUUGAGGAGGGGUCUGAUUAUACAGAAAGGUAUCAAGCUAUAUUAUUUUGAGAUCACGCAUCCAUUUUAGCAACUUUGUGACCAUCAACAAGUUUGCCAUAUAUGUACAGAAAAAAAACACUGAAAAGCUCCAAUGGGGAGUGUUCAAUUAAAUAUUGUAUUUGUAUUUGAAUUUUGUACAGUACAUCGUUUUUACAAAGCCUAAAAACACCUCUUUUCAUGAAAUUAAACAAUGUUUUUGCUUGUUUUAAUUGAUAUUGACUUUUAAUUUGAUAUUGACUUCAAUUUGUUAUUUAUAAGAAGCAAUUUUUUCAAUGUUUCAAAUUUGUGAUAAAAGUUAAAAUCCUCUCGAAAUUACUUUGUUUUAGGUUUAUUUUGUACUUUACACCGUCAGCAACCUUUUAAAAUUUAUCUGGUUGUUGAAACGUAUAGAAACACAAAAUAAUAGUUAGUAUUGUCAAUUUCAACACUAUCAUUGAUGCUUUCAAAUUGAAGCCAUACGUAUACAGCAAAUAAUAUAAGAAAAACUUACCAUACUUCAGACAUUAUUUUCUCUUUGGCGUGCCAUCUAAAAUCUCUUCAUUUUAGCAUAAUUUUACAGACAAAGCACUAAAUCUCAUGCUCACAUGGUUCAAACCCUAGCUUUCUACUAAUUGGAUCAUUUGAAUUUGAAGUUAUAAUAUUCACCAAAAUAUAUUGUAUAUUUAUUUUGUCAUUAUUCUUCCAAUAGGACGAUAUCUCUGCUAGAAUCAUUCAGUGUUGCGACAGAUAUAGAUGUAUUCUUUGAUGCAUUGUGGCAAUCAGUGAUCACGACUCCUGUUGGCCGACUGCCUGCUUCAAUAUUCCUACUUUCACGACUCGAUAAACAUUUACCACCAACGGAACAGCAACAUUUGUUGGGAAGGAAUCAUGCAUUUAUGGUGAGUUCAUGGUCAUUUGCAUUCGACAGAGUAAACAUGCAAAAAAUCGAAUAGUAGAGAGUGAGAUACUGAAGAUACAUAGUGAGAUAUUUUCCAUAAUAUCUUCACUAGUGAAGAUAUUGAUCAUGUGACUUUGUCCAAUUUACUUUUGAGUGUGAAAUUUCACAGUUUUUUUGCUUGGGACUUAAUAUAAGACUAGACUAGAUGUUUAUUUACCCAUAAGUUUUAACAAAAAUUAUUACAGUUAUCUUAAUUUUGCAAUAUGCUAAAUGGUUACUGGUGAUCUCCUGAAAUAAUUAAUAAUAAAUAACUAAUAUUAAACUAAUAAUAACUAAUAAUCAACAGAACAUCACACGGUGGCUUCAAGAUAUGUUUUCACCACUCGAAGAUAAAAGCCAUAUCUUUGCACCACCUUGUAAUAUCCUCUAUUUAUUUAAAUAUCUAUAUUUAUCAAAAAUAUCAAAUGAAUAUAUUGCAUCAGCCUACUAGUAACAUUACAUAAUUGUAGAUUUUAUUUUUGUGGAGGUAGCCAAUCUUCAAAUGGAGCUACAGUAGGCUAUACCACAUACUCUCGUACCCAGAUCCCAUCUUACAUGUGGUCAAUUACAGAGAAUGAUGAGGGUUGAGGGGUACGAGAAUGGGUUGUGCCGCAACUGCAGAUCAAAAUUUAGCCUCUAAUUAAACAAGAACAAAGUGAUUUUUUAGUUAGCCAGUAACUCCAGGCUGAGAUACCCAGCUCCUAAAUGAUUUUUGGAGUAAGCCAGUAACCCCACAAAUAUUUCAACUCAGUUUUGAAUUAAACAAGUUACUUACCCAUCCCCACAUUGGAAGAGAUGGUGCAAGCCCUCAAUGGGGCAACAGUUUUCUCCAAGCUAGACCUGCGUUGGGGUUAUCACCAAAUUGAGCUCCACCCAGAUUCUUGUGGGCUGCUAUAAACGAUUAAUUUUCGGUUUGUCAUCAGCAUCUGAAAUGUACCAGUUUGUCAUCAGGCCAGCAAGUGCUAAUUGGGAUCCCAGGGGUCCGCAACAUAUCUGAUGACAUUAUUGUCUUUGGAACAACCCAGGCUGAACAUGACCACAGUUUGGACCAGACCCUGCAAUGCCUGCAUGCCAACGGGCUCACUCUCAACAAAGACAAGUGUCUCUUUAGUGUUCCUGAGCUAGUUUUCUACUUUCUGCAGCCAUGUACUGCAACAUUCAACCUUUUAACUGGCAUUGCACCGUACUUUAUUUAUGUUAUUUUACUCUGUCUAAUGCCAGAUGAUUUUACUUGUCAAUGGAAGAGUGCUGUCAAUCAAAUUGGCUUAUAAAUUGUUUUCAAAUUAUGAUCUUAGGUUCAAGGUCUAUGUUUGGCGCUAAACGACAGCCUUGCUCUAGUACAAAGGAACAUACUAGACUUCUUGGUACAACUGCUACCCCUACACGCCCCUAACCUGACCCACGCCCACCUAGCAACCAUCAUGACCGCAGCCCUGGGUGUUCUGCUCCGUCGUGAUAUGUCUUUGAAUCGAAGGCUGUAUGCUUGGAUACUGGGCGUGAAUAGUGCUGGCUUGUCUCAAAUGUCUGGCAGUACCAGUGAGGACGAUGGCAAUCAAUAUUUUGAAAUGUUUGGAAAGAGAUUGGUGGUUGAAGGAAUGAGAGCUUUGUUCAGGCAACAGAGUGGCCCAGGUAAUUACCAAGAAUACGAUUUGUAUAUUCUAUAUAAACUUACAUGUAGAUUGAAGUAAUGGGAUCCAGUAAGAAUCCCUAGAGGUCCAGUAAGAAUCAUCUCUUAUUGAUCCAGUGUUACUACAGGAAGAAACUUAAACUAGACUAACUUUAUUUAUACUGGAUAGCUCUAUCAGUUCUAAACUGUUCUUCCUAGAGGUCCAGUAAGAAUCAUCUCUUAUUGAUCCAGUGUUACUACAGGAAGAAACCUAAACUAAACUAACUUUAUUUAUACUGGAUAGUUCUAUCAGUUCUAAACUGUUCUUCCUAGAGGUCCAGUAAGGAUCAUCUCUUACUGAUUCAGUGUUACUACAGUACAGGAGGAAACCUAAACUAAACUAACUUUAUUUAUACUGGAUAGCUCUAUCAGUUCUAAACUGUUUUCCCUAGAAGUCCAGUAAGGCUCAUCUCUUAUUGAUCCAGUGUUAAAACAGGACGAAAUCACAACAAAAUAGUCUUAAACACAUCCGUAAAAAUGUUUUUCUUAAAUCCUAGGUGUUGAUGCCUUGAUGACAAAGAAAGGAACCAAACUUGAGAUGCUUAAACCAUUCCGAAUCCUGUUAAACCUGCUUGACAAACCGGAAAUUGGUUCGGCUAUCUUAGAAGACGUCCUUAUAGAAGUCUUCAAAAACCUGUUUUUGAGCCACCAGCACUUUAAUCCGAAAGAAACUUCAGAAAAUAAAAAUGGAGGCGAAAGAUCUCUAAAAAGAAGUGAGUCUGUGAAACAAAGCAGCUCUAAGGAGAACCCCAUGGAGGAAUUGAUAAAGACGGGGAAUUUACUGUUCAAUACAUUUGAGCCUUAUUUUAUGUGGCAGUAUAUUGCGAAGCUGUUAGCAUCUUGUAACAGAAGGGGUCAAAAUCCUACUGGAGGAAAUGACCCUUCAGACAAAGUUCCAAAUGGAGAAAAGGACUCUGGGGACAAUGUUUCCAAAGAAAAUGGUCCUCUGUGUAAUGGCCCCACCAAAAAUUUGAAUGAUUGUGAAGUUGACCAAAGUGACGAGCAAUUGGGGAUACUUGAUUUAAUCCGGCUGACUGAUUUUAUUUUGAACAUAGUUGCAUUGGUAAGAUUUUCUUUAAUAGAUUUGUUUGAUUAUAAUUUCAGUUUCUUUCUGUAGUAACACUGGAUCAAUAAGAGAUGACCCUUACUGGACCUCUAGGAAGAAAAGUUUAGAACUAAUAGAGCUAUCCGGUAUAAAUAAAGUUAGUUUAGUUUAGAUUUCCUCCUGUAGUAACACUGGAUCAAUAUAAGAGAUGAUCCUUACUGGAUCUCUAGGAAGAACAGUUUAGAACUGAUAGAGCUAUCCAGUAUAAAUAAAGUUAGUUUAGUUUAGAUUUCUUCCUGUAGUAACACUGGAUCAAUAAGAGAUGAUCCUUACUGGAUCUCUAGGGAGAACAGAUUAGAACUUUAGUUUAAUUUAAUUUAAUUUAAUUUAAUUUAAUUUAAUUUAAUUUAAUUUAGAAUAGAACCCAUAGGUGAAAGACAUGUGCUAAUCACUGUGUAUAUUUCCAGGAGUCCUCAGUUGAAACAGAAUCCCGACACUGGCCAGAACUGCUGUCUGCAAUCAUCCAAGAGCUAACCAAAGGUUGUCAAAACUUAACUCUAGAUGAACUCGAAGAAGGAGUAUUACUUUGUUCCAAACUUCUCUCCAAGUUAACGCCUUCGACAAACUUCGCCCGAGAUACCUCGCUCUCCCGGAGUAUUGCCUCUACUGGUUUGAGUCCUACGGGCAGCGAGUUUGAUCCAGAUGAUUCAAUUGAAUACGAUUCAAAAACAUUUGAGGAUUCGUCUGAAAAGAGUUCGCCACGUGAGAAUGGUAUAGCAACCACUGAAACACAUGAUUUGCCACAUGAUAAUACCGAUCGCCCACGUGAUAAGAAGCUUGAGUCACGUGAGAGUUUUGAGUCGCGUGACAGUUUCGAGUCUCGUGAAAGCUUCGAAUCAGGGGAUGUCAUGAUGGAAGCACGUGGUCAAGAAUUGGGAUCACGUGAUCAUGAACUGAAAUCACGUGAUGAAGAACCGAAAUCACGUGAUAAUGAUGAAUUAAACAGCGAAAAUUUGUCAAGCGAAGGUCUAGAUUAUGUAAUAGGAGAGAGGUUUCGAAAACCGAAGUUUGAGAGAAUAGAAAAUAACGAUGACGUAGUGGACGGGAGGAAAUUGGUAGAAAAGGGAAAAGAUGGGAAAGUUUUGGAGGAAAAUGAAGAGAAACGUGAGAAAGGAAAAGUGGAAGUAUCGAAAAAGAGAGAAAGAGUCAAAAGUGAUUCGGAUAAAAGAAAAGAUGGCAAAGUAAAAGAAAGUAAAAAGGAUGAAAAGACAAAUGAACCGAAAGAAAAACACAGAAGUAAGAAGGAAAAGACGAAAGAAAAGCAAAAACCGAAAGAAAAAAGCAAAAUAGAUAGGCAGGAAAGGCCCAAACUGACAAAAAUUGAUAUAAAGUCGGAGUCGGAUAAAAACAAUGAAGAGAUGGCCAUCAAACAUGAUAGUCAGUCGAUGCUGGUUAGAAAAUGCAUCGACCAUUUUAUGAAUUUUAUUGUGGAGUUCUUUAAAUGGAAAAUAUUUCAUACUGAGAAAGCCAUGGAUAUGCUGGCGAAUGAUAAAUUUACUCGUGUCAAAGAAAUAGAGAUGCGUGAUGGAGGUAGUCGUACAUGUGCUGGACACGUGCACUGUUCGUGUUCUUCUCCCAGUCGAGCGGCAAAGACUUACGCAGCGAUGUGUAAAUUACUUGUCGAGUUGUCUUGCUUUCCAAUGCAGGAUAAAGGAACAGACACUGAUGGCUUAGUUAAGAAAGGUAAAAACUAAACUAACUUUAUUUAUACUGGAUAGCUCUAUCAGUUCUAAACUGUUCUUCCUAGAGGUCCAGUAAGGAUUAUCUCUUAUUGAUCCAGUGUUACUACAGGAGGAAACCUAAACUAAACUAACUUUAUUUCACAUGAUAUUUACUACAGGUAGUCAAAUGCAUAUAUAUAACACAAGACAUGCGGCUGAUUAUCGAACUCACGCUUGCAGAACAAAUAUUAAACAGUUCACUAUUCUAUUUCAAGGACCAAAACUGUGGAAUUUAUUACCAAAAAAUAUUAUUAACCAAGUUACUCCUCGUUGUUUCAGGAACAGAAUGCUAGAGCAUCUAUUAUAUUAAUUAUCUCAGCUAUUAAGUUAAGCACAUCUAUAUUUUAGUCCUAUAUCCAAUAAUCCAAUAAUAAUAUUACUUAUUAUAUAAUCUUCUUGCAUCAAGAGGUGGCCUCCCUUGUACAAGGCUGGUGGUUUCUGGAGGUCUCCUCGCCAUCCGAUACAAUUAAUUAUAGUUCCUUCCUUCUUGUACCUAUUUUUUUCUUGUUUCUAAUUGUAUGUAUGUAUAUGUAUAUAUAUAUAUGGCAAAUAAAUAUUGUAUUGUAUUGUAUUGUAUAUAUUUACAGUACAUGUUAAUAUUACGUGUAAGGAAUUAAAGUGCACGGCUGGGAGUGCAAUGCAUAGUAGAACGCAUUUCAUUGGCUAUCAGUAAAAUGAGAAUUUGUGUUCAAUUUUACCUUUAAUACUUAAUAAAUAUUAUAUCUGACACAAUAUCACGCAUUUGCAUGUUCAUAUAUUGAUAUUACAUGCACAUAUUUGUUGCUCUAUUGCUAGGUUGUUUAUCCAAUUUUGACAUGUUAUUGUGCAUUAUAUGUUACGUUUAUCCAUUUGUUUUUUUAUACCAAUAAAGAUCAGGCUUUUAGCUGUCGAAUGCUACCUUUCUUGUAUCAUGUAAGCUGUCGAAUGUUACCUUUCUUGUAUUUAUGCAUUGCGAUCACAAAUGUUAUCUUUCUUGUAUCAUGUAUUGCGAUCUUGCUAGAUCUACAGAUCAAUGCUAGAUUGAACAAAUCUUAAAUAUUGCAUAGUAUAUUUGGUAAUUACACUACGAUAGGCUAUUUUAUUUCGCAAGGCAAUUCUUCGAAAUUGAAGCUAGGCCAGAAAACUAACCUAUUAAAUCAAUUUACUUUUUGUCUUGUACUCUUACUAGGUAACAAACCUUUACCCUGACAAGCCAUUUCAUUUUUCUCGUAAAAGAAGAAGAGAAUUGGGCAAUAUUGAAUCAAUGUUUGCUGCCAUGACUGAUGAUGAAGAUGUUGUUAGAACUGUUUAUCUGACGGGUCAACCUGGAUCUGGGAAGACAGAGUUAGCUCGACAAUAUGGUGACCAGUUUAAAAAUGCGACAUCUUCCAAUGAUCCAUCCAAACCUUUGGUGAUUACAUUGAACGCCAACUCAGAAGACUCACUUAUGAAGUCUGUUAAAGAAGCUACGCGAAAAUUACAAAUCCCAGUAUGUAUGGAACAAACAAACAAAAAUCUUGAAGAACUGAUGAAAACCCUGAGGGAUUAUUUCCGUGAUUACAGUCAUGCUUGGCUUCUUAUCAUUGAUGACAUGUUUGAAAAGAAUCAUUUCAAUUAUUUAUUUCCACGACCUGGUGUCAAAGAAUGGGGUGGUGGCCAUGUCCUGGUUACAACGCAAGAUAAUAAUCUCGUACCAGCUGGUCAUCUGUUUGCAAAGAAAUUGUCCUUGAACGAGGGGAUGACUAAAGAAGAUGCUCUUGCAUUGCUUAAGGAGAUCAGUGAUGUUGAGGUUGAUGAUUUUGCUGAAGAAAUUAUUAACGAGUUGCAGUCUCUUCCUCUUGCUUUGGCGUGUUGUGCAACAUAUGUUAGAGAAACAAGACAAGCUCGUGCUUCAACACAGUUUGGAUGGAAAGAAUAUCUAAACUUGCAUCGUGAAAAAGCCAAACUCGAAUCCCGAUCAUUUUCCAGUCACAACGUUUAUCCUUUAUCCAUGACGGCUGCUACUACGAUGGCUGUGAAGCGAAUGGCAGAAACAAGUGAUGUUCUACGACUAACAUUUUCGUUUCUUUCAUAUUGUGAAUUGCUUCCAGUUCCUUUGAAUGUACUAGCACACCACGUUAUGGAAAAUCUACCAGUCCAGAAUGAUAAACGGUCAACAACAAAGGAAGAAAUUGGAAACGAGAUUUCAAGUUGUACAUUACUCGUUCACGGACGGUCACAGAACGUUGAAACAAUAAAAUAUCAUCAGGUCAUUCACAAUUCUUUUCAAAGUGCAGAAAACACAAAACCUGUUGAACAGCGGAAAACUGAAUUUGUCAAAAUGAUGAAAUCUCUGAAUGAGAAACUAGAUUCCAUGGACAAUACGUGUAAAGAAGACGUACUUCGUAAAGUUCUUGUGAGGCCUCACCUGAAGUCAUUUGUUGAUCAUGCCAAUGAUAUGUCCUGGAAUAAUACGGCCGAAUUUGUUGUGAUUUCCAAGAAAGAAGAUCAGUUUCUUUAUUCAACAUCGGACAUGCCUAUUAAAGAAGCUGUCAAGAGCGUGGGAUUGCUCUAUAGUAUUCUUUUAGAGCUUGACUUAUCUGAUGAAAGACGUUGUGAUAUAUUGGCCAACCUUGGCUUCUAUUAUCUGGAAUUAGAAUGUGGUCAAGAUGCCUCUGAUGUUUUACGUGAAGCUUAUUCCAUGACGGAAGAUAAAAUUGAGGAAGAAUGGUUGUUGUUAAGAUGUCGUAUCUCAUUCUAUUUGGCCCGGACGUAUCACAGCAUGGACAGUGUUGGUCCUGCCGUAGAAAUGAUGAAGACGUCGAUUGACUUGGCCAAGAAAGUCUACAUCAAGGAAGAAGACAAAAUUAUGGAAAGAUAUUUUUGGCUUUCUUCCUUUUGCUUUUCGUGGAAGAAUUUUUGGAAAUUGGGAACCUUUGUCGGAGAAGCGACACAGUUUUGGUCAAGUUGCGCUCCAGACAGCGAGACCUUAAGCAGAGCACGUUGUUUAGAUUACCUAUCGCGUGUAUACGGGCACUAUGAAUAUAUCGAAUCCCUUUAUAAACCUCUGUUCCAAAAGUAUAAGAAAUUGAGAGAAGAUUCGAUAAACAAAUCUCUGAACAUUUAUGAACACGUAUUAGGAGCAGACGUCUCCUCGUGCCCAGAAUAUUGUGUAUUGCUCGCCGAGUCUGCAAUACUUAAAUUAGAAGAAAACCCAACUGAAGCAAGAACACAACUUGAGAAAGCUCUUGAAUACUGCAAUCAAAAUGGUGGUAAAUUUAAUAAUAGUUGGAUAGCUGCUCGUAAGAAACAUUUGUUUGACAAUUCAACUUGGUGGCGGAAGUUGUGUUAUGGUGUUAGAAAUUUAACAAAGGGACGUCUAGUGUGGGCUGAGGAAAUUAACAUGUGUGAUGACGUCUUGGAAGAUUGUAGUAGUGGAAGAAUUUCACCAUCACCUAGAAUGAUAGCCCCGAUCAAGAGAAAAAGGACUUAUAUGGUUUGGGCCUGCAAGGGCUUUCUGGGCUAUAUCGGCUGGGCUCUAAGUUUUGCUGCUUGGAAAGAUUUGUCGGCACUACAAAGAGAACGCUACAUGUAGACGUAGUUGUGUUGUAUCAUUCAAUAUACACGAUGCUU